UAUAUAUAUAUAUAUAAGUGAGUAUUAUUAGAAGUAAAUAUGCACUCAUAUAGUUAUAUUGGGAAUUGAACUUAAUAUUUGAUCAUCCAUCUUAAAACAUAAAUUUUGGUCAUUUUAUAAUUUCGGACAAUAUUGUCCUUGAUUUAGGCUAAUUCGAUCAGGCUGGGCGCGCAUGUCCGGUGGUACUUUUGGCACUAAUAUUAUAAUUUGUGUCAAAAGUAUCAAAUUACUUGUAUUUUUUUCAUUUAUGUUGGUACUUUUGACACUAAUAUUCUCAUUUGUUUUAAGUAAUUUGGUACUUUUGGCAUAAUUUAUACCAUUAGUGCCAAAAAUAUCAAAUUAAUUACUAUUUUUUGUUUUGUUUUCUGUUGGUACUCUUUACACAAAUUAUAACAUGAGUAUCAAAAGUACCUCCGACCCCGUGGCCAAUCCGAUCCAAUCUGCCCAAAUUAAAGGCAAUACAGUCCGAAAUUGUAAAAAUAUCCAAAAUUUGUGUUUUUAACAUGGAUGAUCAAAUAUUGAGUUUUAUUGCUCAAUAUGGCUAUCUUAAAAGUUGGCUCUUAUUAUAAUGGGACACAUAAAUAGUUAAAUGUGAGAAAAUAUGAUUGUGAAGAAGAUUAAAAAAGUUUGAAAUUGAGAAAGAUAUUAAUAUGACUGAUGUGACACCACAAUGGAGAAGCACCAAUGUGGAUGUUCUUAUCCGGUCUGAAUUUCUAAACAACUAAUCUAUUUGCUUUAAUAGUUAGUGUCAAAAUGUUACUAAUUUCUGCAUAAAUUUUGUCACAUUCAAGAACAUUUUAUCUUUUCACUAUAAUAUACUUCAUCCGUCCAUGAUAAAAUAUUCUUGGUAGGAGUGAUGCGAAUUUUAAGACGAAAUUGUGAAUGUGAAAAUAUGUUACAAUUAAUAUUGAAAGUGAUGAAAAUAUGAAUAAUAAGGAUAAUUGUGGUAUUAUAAGUGGUGGGAUAUAAUUUAUAUAAAUAGAAUAAAAAAAAUUGUAGACGCUCCGAAAGAAAAAAAUAGAACAUUUUAUCAUGAAGGAAGAGAAUAGAUAUUUUUUAUUUAUUAUCAUAAAAAUAAAUAAUUAUUCACAUAUAAUUUAAUAAAGUGGAUCAUUUUAAUUUUAAUUUUCACCCAUAAAUAAAUACCUCAAAAGUUCAAAACGGGUAUCUGCCACCACAGGCGAACAUACUAGGGAGGUGAAAGAGGCUUAAGCCUCCACCAAACUUUUUUUUUUCUUUCAAAUUGUCGUAAAUUAUCUUCCGUCGUUAUUAAACAAUGUCACCAAACAUUGAAUUAUCAUCCAUAGACUGGAGAAUGAGAAAGGAUUGGAAUUGCAAAGAUAGCGCAGAACAAAUGGCUUCAGAUGGCAAAGAGAAAUAAAAGUAAAAUUUAACUAAACUAACAAUGUCAACAAAUAGCUUGAGAUGGCUAUUAUGCAUUAUAAAAGUAAAAUUUAUUAUAAUACUAUGCAUUAUACUUAACUUUCAUUUCAAAAAAUAAAAAAUUUAAAAAAAUAUAUACCAUAAUUUUUAAUUUACUAACCUAUUAUUAACUAAUAAAAAGUGAAAUUAAAUGAUAAAUACUCCCUAGUUAGUAAUCUUAAAUUAAAUUAAAGCAUACAAAGUUGAAAUUAGAAAGAAAAAAAUAAUAAUAAUCAUUCCACAAUAAAUUUGCCGCAAUUUCCUUUUUGGUCCGUCCACAAAAAAAUUGUCACUUUCAUUUAUAGCAGUGGAAUCUACAUAUCUUCACUCAUAUUUAAAGUGGGACCCUCACUCUACUAACAACUUCCCUCACAUUUUAUUAAAACCUGUUUCAUCUAAAAUGUGGCAAAUAUUUUGUGGACGGAUGAAGUAUAUAAAAAAAUACUCCCUCCAUCAACAAAGAGUGUGUGUUUAUUACUGUUUUCGCAUGUCCAUAAAGAGUGUGUGUUUUCCUUUUUAAGAAACUCAUUCUUGUACUUUAAACCUUAUUCAUACUCAAUAUUUACAAAAUUUACAUCUUUUAAUUAUUUUAUGAAAAUCUAUGCCCUCCACUCCAUCACACACUAUUUUUUAUGGACGGAGGGAGUAAAUAAAAUUGAAAAUGAGACACAAAGUGUGACAUCAAAUAUGAUACACUGAAUCUCAAUUUCUUUAGGAGAGGAACAAGAAAAAUAUAAGAGUACCCACAGUGGGGACUCGAGUCACCCCCGAGAUCGGGUCACCCACUACAGGCUCGUCCGCCUCGAGGCUGGCCUGAUUGCCGUUGGAUCCAGCGCGUGCACGCGCUUAUUUUUUUUUAAAAGAAAUGAUUUUUUGAAAAAAAAAAUGGCCGUUGCUGAUAAUUUUUUUUUUGAAAUUCGAUCAUUUGACUGUUAUUCCCUUUCCCUUUUUUUUUCAAUUUUUUUAUUUCUCUCUUCUUUAAAUACUCCUAUCUUCUUCUUCUUCUUCACACAUCUUCUCCUAUCUUCUCCAAUUUUCUUCUAUCUACUCUAUCAAAUUCUCUCAAGAAAAAAAUGGAUCCACACAAUCCCAAUUGGUACGACGUAAAUUGGGUUCCCGACCUCUCAGGCGGAGACGAUUAUCAUCCCGAUUUGACGGGUAUCAACUUGGAGGAGAUGCCAGCCGCCCAUUCCACGUCGAAGCCCAAGAAAGGAGGGCAAAUGAAGGCUAUGGCCUUGAAAGAGAAGGCGCCGGUUCCUAUGCUGCAGGAAGAAAGAGCCACUCGGCACACCUACACCCUGGAGGAGCGGACCUUAUUGUCUGUGUUUGGGCAGAGGAGACCAACGAUGCCGUCCGGGGUGUCGAUCAAAAGGAAGAGGCCUAUUGGGGUCGUAUUCUAUAGCAGGCGGCGAUGCAGGUGGCGCGGCGAUGCGGCGACGAGCGAUGUAGAUGCAGCAGAUGUAACUCUGGGGAUGCAGGUGACGCGGUGCAGAUUCAGGACAGCAGCAGAUGCAGGCGGCGCGGCGACGCGGCGUUCGUCGAGAAGAGAAGAGGAAGUGCGAAUUGCGUGGGGAAGAAGAGGCCGCUGAUGAGGUGCUCUGGGGAGGGCGUCUGAAACUCUAAAUUCAGAGGUGGAAGGCGUCGACCGUCAGGGAGAGAAGCGCAGAUCUGUGGCCGGCAGGGUGGGGCGGCGCGGUGGUGGAGAGAAUGCACGGUGUUGGGAGGCUUGGAGUUGUGCGGCGCUGCUGCUGACUUGAGGAAUGAGGAAUUGAGGAGGCGCUGAUUUAGUUUAGGGAAUUAGGGUUUAGGUUUUACUUUUUAGCAUAUUCAAUAAUUCAAAAUAUUAUAUAUAUAUAUAUAUAUAUAUAUAUAUAAUAUUACUAAACACACCACACAAGAUAUACGCACUAACUCUGCCAAAAAUAAAAAAAUUCGGUCAACACCAUAAUAGAUUAAGACGGUUACAAAUAAAAACAAAAUUACAUAACUAAUUACCUUUAAUUAACUAUGAAAUUAAAUAACUUAAAAAACGAAUCACAUAUAAACGGAUGAAUAUGGACCGUGAGAUUCUACUAAUCUAAGGGCUUGGAUUAAUUCUCCAUUCUCAAAAUACUUACCAUUCUCUAUGGAUUUUCUCCCUAUAUAUAUAUAUAUAUAUAUAUAUAUAUAUAUAUAUAUAUAUAUAUAUAUAUGUAUAUGUA